AUGCCACUCAAAGAGGAACUCAUCGCUCGCUUUGGACCCUCUAUAGACUCCCCAGAACUCAUCAGAUCCUGUCAGGAAAUCAUCAACAUUUUCACUUUUUCAGUGGAGGAUUUAUAUAUAAAUUGGGAAUCAUUCAUAGUUACCAAAAAUGAUGGAAUUGAUUUAAACUACACUUUAGAAAAUCUACAAAAUUUACAAAAAUAUAUCCAAUCAAAUCUUGUCAAGAAAAACCAAUCAGUCCCCAGUUCAAUCAAAUCAAAUAGGAAAAUCAAUUUAGCUAAUAACUCAUUUGAUUUCUUACCAACAACUCCAAGUAUUAAGAAAAGAAAAUUAGUCUCCCCAAUCAUCAAAACACCUGCUCAUGAUUCAAUAGAACCAAUCAACACUCCAACACCUUUGAAAACCCAGGAAUCUGGUAAAAUCAUUGAAUCUUUAAAUUCAAAUUUACAAAUCUCAUCAGGCCUUCAAGAUUCAGAAAACCAUGUUAAACUAAUUGCAAAUUUUGAUUAUAAAAAAUAUCAAUUCCGUACAAUGAGAACUAAAAUCUUGGAAACUGCUGAUGUCCUUGAUGAUCAAAUCGAUUCAUUCACCAAGAUUAUCCAAUCUCAUUAUAAUUUAUCAUCAUCUGUCUUCACAAAUCCUUCAAUAAUUUCCCAAUCUGAAACUAUUGCCGUGGGGAGAAUUGUCCCUGAAAACCCAACAAUAGAAUUAAUAAAUGCUCACUCUUUAAGUUUGGAACCUUCAAGAAUGAUUGGGAUUGGGAAAAGGGUUCCAUUAGAUUUAUCAAAUUUAACAAAUUAUUCAUUUUUCCCUGGUCAAAUCGUGGCAUUAAAGGGUAAAAACGCAAGUGGUGAAUAUUUUAAAGUUGAUGAAAUCUUGACACCACCUUUAUUAGGUGCCCCGGUUUCAUCAGCUCAAGAAUUGGCCAAUUCAGAGGAUUGUAAAAUUGUUAUAACUUCGGGUCCUUAUACAAAUUCAAAUGAUUUAAAAUUUGAUCAAUUGGAAUCAUUAGUGGAGAAAUUAAAUAAUGAAAUCAACCCACAUGUUGUUAUAAUGUUUGGUCCUUUUAUUGAUAUAACUCAUCCUGCAAUAAUUAAAGGUGAUUUAAAUUUCCCUAAUCAGAAAUCCCAACCAAAAUCUCUUGAUGAUGUUUUCAAAUUAAUCAUUUCACCAAUUUUGAAAAAAAUUAAUAACAAGAUUCAAAUUAUUUUAAUACCAAGUUUAAAAGAUUCAAUUUCAAAACAUUCGGCAUAUCCACAAGAUUCAAUUGAUAGGAAAUUUUAUCAAUUAACCAAGAAUUUCAAACCUUUCCCUAAUCCAUCAAUUUUCCAAAUUAAUGAAACAUUAAUCGGGGUUUCAAAUAAUGAUAUUUUUAAAGAUUUAAAAGAUAUAAAUAAAGGUGAACCAAACAAUAUUAAUAGAUUUGAUAGAAUUUCAAAUCAUAUCAUUGAACAAAGAAGAUUUUAUCCAUCAUUCCCAGGUUCCACAAAAGUGAAAAGAGUUGAUGACGAGGAUGAAUAUUCACCAACAAGUGAAUUAGAUGUUCCAUAUUUAGGUCUAACUGAAUUUGGUGAUGUUAUUCCAGAUAUUUUAAUAAUCCCAUCAGAUUUAAGAUUUUUCGCAAGAGUGGUUAAAAAUGUAUUGGUUAUUAAUCCUGGAAAUUUUAUGAAGCAAAAUUCUCUAGGAACUUUUGUUCAAUUAUCUAUAAAGAAACCAGAUUUAUCAAGUUUAACCAAGAUUGAAAAUGAUUUAUACCUUCAUGAUAUUUGGAAAAGGGCAAGAGUUGAUAUAAUAAAGACAUAG